AUGGAUCAUCGCAACUGCACUAUCGCAUGGGUUCUGCCCUCAGCCGAGUUCCAUACAAUCGCUGAGGCAUUCUUCGACAAGGUCUACAACCAUGUUUCUACACCCCUGCGGAUGACCUACAGCAUUGGAAGAAUCGGUCAACACAAUGUUGUGGCUGCAAGCAAGACGACUGAAGCCACCUCUUUACACACUGGAGAUAUUGUCGACAACUUGCUGGUGGACUUCCCAUCCAUUCGGGCUGGUUUCCUAGCGAGCCUCGACGCUAUCGCGUCCACAAAGGGCCCUAUUCGCGUGGGUGAUGUCGUUGUUGGCACAAAGCCAAACCUGCAGAGUGCCGUUGUGUACUUCGAUGCCAAGCAAACCAAAUCUCAGCAGCGGCUUGUUCUGACACGUGAGCCACGGCGUAUCCCUGAAUGUGCGGCAAUGGCCAUCGAAUCCAUCCGCACUCAAAGAGGGCGCGAUGCCUGGCUGGAGGCGCUUGGUGAGGUCAGCCAGCAGAAUCAGCGAAAGGCCUACCGCGGUGCGAUAGGGUCCUCCUCAGAAGGGUUCAACGAUGCUGCUGUCAUUGAUCGCGUUGUCCACGAGCGCAGCAUUCUCUGUCUUGAGACAACUGCUGCAAGUAUGAACUCUCAAUCACUUGUGGUUGUCGCUGGCAUUUCUCGCCAUGCAGGCCGUAGUGAACGCCGCACGGCGGCGGCACAGGUCCAUGGAGCCGUCUUUUCAUAUCUUCGUUGCGUAGCUCAUUAUAUGAGCGCCGAACAGCUCGGCAUCGAACCAACCUUGGCAAGCUACUUCACCUAUACACCAUUCGACUUAGACCGCGCAUAUUUUCGACUUCUGAUCCUUCAUAAGGGUUGCAAACACGACAAGAUCAGUUGUAGCGUUUUUCAAGCGUGUCUUCCCGACCGCCAAAGUCAAGAGGAGAAGGAAAUUAAGCAAGGCGGCGAAACUAUCCUACCAUACGAAGCCCUGUCGUACUGCUGGGGCGACACUAGACUGCGGAACAUGAUUACAGUCGACAGGAAAGCGCUCUUCAUCACAGACAAUCUUCAUGACGCCCUUAGAAAUCUGAGGCGAACCGAGGAAGAUCGCAUUCUCUGGGUCGAUGCUAUUUGCAUCGACCAAAGCAACGUCGAAGAGCGUGGUCAUCAAGUUGGAUGGAUGGGCGAAUUGUACAGACAUGCUGAAGAAGUUUUGUGCUGGUUGGGACACCCAGAACUCAUUGUUGGCCAUCUUCUUGCGCUACUCGAAAAGUUCAUUACACUGGUUCCACGGGUGGCAUGGAAAAGUUGGCCUAUUACCGAUGAUCGAUGGCGCCAGGUCUGGGAGGAUGUGCACGCAAGUCAACCACAGCAUGACUGCCCUUCACAGCUCAAAUGCCUGAUGGCCAAGGAGUGGUUCAGUCGGGUCUGGAUUAUACAGGAGGUAGCCAACGCUCGCAAGGCAUCCAUCGGUUGCAGUGAGGGCUGGAUCAGUGCAAAAGCCUUCGCCAUAGCACCGACGUUACUCAAUGUCCGCCUCAGCAAUCAGUGCCAGGCAGUGAUUGAUAUCAUGCCAGGUCUAACCCGAAGGCAACUCGGGCAGGCUCAGAAGACGAAUAUCUGUUCCCUGCUGUGGACAUUUCGAGAAAGCCAGUCGAGUGACCCUCGCGAUCGGCUCUAUGCACUAUCAGGUCUUGCUUCUGAUCUCAGGGGCAAAGAAGGAAGCAUUGUGGCAGACUACACAAAGUCGGAAGAGGCAGUUACGGAAGACAUUUUGUCAUAUUUGUAUGCGGAUGAUACGUCGACCAAAACUACUAGUCAACUGGGACUUGCUGAAGUUCAGGCAGCCAUCCCAAAGCUUUCCGGUAUGGCGCUAGAGAAAAUUGUCUCAGCAAAGUUAGACGUCGACAGGGUCCAAGAAUAUAUGCAGAGGGUAAACUCAAUGACCUGGCUUACAGAAGGUAUCGCUCGGAUAGCUGCUCAGGACAUUUGUUCAGGCGACAAGGUAGUGGAAUUACUGCUCAGUGAACGUGCAAACGUCAUGGUCACAGAGGGCCUUGUCGAAGCCAUUGCAGGUAGUUUCGGCAGCACUUGUCUAAGGCUUUUACUAGAGCAUCAGGGCCAACACAUCCAGGUAACCAACAAGAUUGUCAAAGCAGCUGCGGGGAAUAAGUCUUCUGGCGAGCAGGUGAUGGACCUGCUGCUUGUUCGACGAGGCGAGGUUAAGGUAACAGAGGAGGUAGUCAAGGCAGCUGCAGGGAAUGAAUCUUCUGGCGAGCAGGUGAUGAGGCUGCUGCUUGAUCAACGAGGUGAGGAGGUUGAGGUGACAGAGGAGGUAGUCAACGCAGCUGUGGGGAAUGUAUCUUCUGGCGAGCAGGUUAAGUUUACUAGUAGGGCUAUUGAGGAGGUUAUUAGGGCAGCUGCGAGGAACUGGUUAUAUGGGCUAUAA